UUCUCUGUGUAUCUCUGGGCUACCUAGCGAGUUCCGGAUAAACCAGGGCCACAAGGUGAGAUGGCAAGGAAGAAAAGCAAAGCACAAAAACCUGGUAUGACCUCACCUAUGAUUCAAGCACCUGAGCCUCUGAGACAGGAUUGCCAAAAGCUCAAGGCCAGCCUGGCUACAUAUCCCAGCUAGCUGACUUCAUGUGAAAGAUGGCUAAUGCGGAAGUGGGUGUCCCAGUGGGAGAUGUGGUUGUGGUACCCACUGAAGGAAAUGAAGGGGAGAACCCUGAAGACACUAAAACCCAAGUGAUCUUGCAGUUACAGCCUGUGCAACAAGGGGUUUAUGAUGCUGGGUCAGAGAACAACGCAGCAGUUGUAGCUGUAGAAACCCACACGAUACACAAAAUUGAAGAAGGAAUUGAUGCAAGUAGUAUAGAAGCAAACGAGGAUAUGGAAAUUGCUUACCCUAUAACCUGUGGAGAGAGUAAAGCCAUCCUCCUCUGGAAGAAGUUUGUGUGUCCGGGAAUAAAUGUGAAGUGCGUCAAGUUCAAUGAUCAGUUGAUCAGCCCCAAGCACUUUGUUCAUCUGGCUGGCAAGUCCACCCUGAAGGACUGGAAGAGAGCCAUCCGUCUAGGCGGCAUCAUGCUCAGGAAAAUGAUGGACUCUGGACAGAUCGAUUUUUACCAGCAUGACAAAGUUUGCUCCAAUACCUGUAGGAGCACCAAGUUCGACCUCCUCAUCAGCAGCGCGAGAGCUCCAGUGCCAGGCCAGCAGACAAGUGUGGUGCAGACCCCCACCUCGGCCGAUGGUAACAUCACACAGAUUGCCAUCUCAGAGGAGAGCAUGGAAGAGGCUGGGCUGGAGUGGAACUCGGCUCUCACUGCCGCUGUCACCAUGGCCACAGAGGAGGGCAUCAAAAAAGAAUCAGAAGAAAUUUCAGAGGACACUUUGAUGUUCUGGAAAGGCAUAGCUGACGUAGGGUUGAUGGAGGAGGUCGUCUGUAACAUACAGAAGGAGAUAGAAGAGCUGCUCAGAGGAGUUCAGCAGCGGCUCCUCCAGGCUCCCUUCCAGGUCACAGAUGCUGCUGUUCUGAACAAUGUGGCGCAUACAUUUGGCCUAAUGGACACAGUCAAGAGAGUUUUGGACAACAGACGGAAGCAAGUGGAGCAGGGAGAGGGGCAGUUUCUCUACACCCUGGCAGACUUGGAACGGCAGUUGGAAGAGCAAAAAAAGCAAGCCCAAGAUCCUAGACUGAAAUCCCAGACGGUUCAAAAUGUGGUACUAAUGCCUGUGAGCACCCCAAAGCCUCCAAAAAGACCCCGGCUCCAGCGGCCAGCCUCCACCACUGUCCUGAGCCCUUCUCCUGUCCAGCAGCCUCAGUUCACUGUCAUCUCACCUAUCACCAUCACCCCUGUGGGGCAGUCAUUCUCAAUGGGCAAUAUUCCGGUGGCUACCCUCAGCCAGGGCUCCAGUCCUGUGACUGUCCACACUCUGCCUUCUGGCCCUCAGCUCUUCCGCUAUGCCACAGUGGUUUCCUCUGCCAAGAGCAGCUCACCAGACACAGUGACCAUCCACCCUUCAUCGAGCUUGGCACUGCUAAGCUCCACCACUAUGCAGGAUGGGAGUACCCUGGGCAAUAUGGCUACCAUGGUGAGCCCUGUGGAGCUGGUGGCCAUGGAGUCCGGCCUGACUUCAGCAAUCCAGGCUGUUGAAAGCACCUCGGAGGAUGGGCAGACCAUCAUCGAGAUUGACCCGGCCCCAGACCCUGAGGCUGAAGACACUGAGGGCAAAGCGGUCAUCUUGGAGACAGAGCUGAGGACUGAGGAUAAAGUGGUAGCUGAAAUGGAAGAACACCAGCAUCAAGUCCACAAUGUGGAGAUUGUGGUCUUAGAGGACUAGCUGGGGAUGGGGGCUGAGAGCUGUUUUGGUUUGGGAUUUUAAUUAUGUUUAUUUUUAUCAUUGUCCCACUCAUUUCCACAUAGAACCUUUUUUUUAAAAAAACAAACAAACUACAAAAUCUUGUUGUAAAUGACAAUGUUGGGUUCCUCCUACCCCUUCACUGACAAAUGGACAGAACAAGCUACCUUUUCAGAAGUUAGGAACAGGUCAUCCGGUGUCCUAAUCAUCUUCCCCCAAAGGUAUGGCUUUUAGGGGAGGUGUCAAGUAACCAGGAACCCUUUCCAGAAUAGUCUGUUUGUAUACACAUGCAUGGUUUCACUCUUGUAAAGAUGCAUUGACCAAACUCUGGAACAUAGACCUGACACCGGAAGACGACCAGCUCUCGCGUGGAUACAGAAAUGCACUUGCCUCUGUAUCCUGGAUAUGGCCUCAGAGGCCAAUGCAAAACUCUGAAACAAAAGGAAGUUGAACUCUGCUUAGAGCAGAGAGCAGCAUGCCAUCAGCAGCUUAAAACAGGAAGUCCUUUGACAAGGAGGGGCAAGGAAUGAUCUUCCAGAGGUGCAUCUGAUGCUCCUCAAGCUCUCUGAGGGUUGGGUACCGUUUUGAAAAGAGGCCAGUGAGUGCAUCUGAUGCCCCUCAAGCUCUCUGAGGGUUGGGUACCGUUUCGAAAAGAGGCCAGUGAGAUGCAGAAGGCCACACAGCAAUCAAGGGAUGGUCACAGCUGUGCUUUUGGGAUAGCUCACCUUGCCUCCAGCCUUGUCAAAGCGCUCGCCCUCUUCACCGAGGAUUAUUAGUCCAUUCCUUUGCAGACUGUGAUGUGCUGUAAAUUGCUCUAGUUCUUGGACUGUGCCUCUCAUGGGGUGGGGCUCCAAGACCAUCCAUCAUAUUGGUUUCUUGACUCUAGGAGUGGCAGAGUUCCUCAUGCAGACCAGCUGCUGUUUCCGGGAGCCCUGCAUACAAGUGUGUGUGGUGUGGUGUGGUGUGUGGUGGUGUGUGUGUGUGUACAUGUUUUGGCUUUGGAACCAAAAGCAGUCACUCACUUGGUGCUUCCCCUUCUUUUCAUCCUACAGUCUCCAGAUCCCAUGCUCUGCAGCUUUUUGGCUGAUCUGGAGAACAGGGACAGGUGCCUGUCUGCCUUCAUUCCCUGUGAGAGUCACUUCUGUUUAUGCUUCUGAGAGAUACCGAGCUCAUAAAAAGGCUCAGACUUGGCAGGGAAGAGUGGAAACACUCCAGCCUUUCCUGAGGCAUGGACUAGAUGUCUCCUGAGUGAGCAGGACUCCCUGGGAAAGAAACUUUGUCUGUGACAACUAUGUCUGGGGUGGGGGCUUCUUCCUAAAUGCUGCUUGUCCAUUUAGACCUGGGUCACUUUCUGUGCUGUGAUCCCUUCUCUUGACCCCUUUCAGUGUUUGGGGAAGAGUGGACAGUUUGAUCCCUUUAAUUAUGUUGCUCACUGUUCUAGGGAAAAUACAGACACUCUACAGAUGACUUAAGGAGAAGCCAGAAAAGCACACAGCUUAGGAGUUGGAGCAUUUAUUAUUAGUAAAAGUAAAAUUUUGACCUUAGUUUCUUUAAAAAACAAUUAGAGAAGGAUGCCUACCUAAACCUGUCUUCUUACCUGCAGGUUUCUGAAGCUAUAAUCAACUGAAAACGUCCUUCCUUCUCUUAGACGGCCAUAUAUAGCUAGAAAAGCCCUCGGGUCACUCUGGAGACCCUAAGUGCAUUUCAGCUUGAAAACUGGACUUUUCAGAAUACCGAGCUCAGCUGGUAAAGUGCUCACCUAGCAUGCGUGGACCCCUGGCUUCAGUCUCCACUGUGAAAUAAACGGCUUGGGGCACAUGCCUUUGAUCCUUGGGAAGUAGAGACAGGAGACUCAGAAAUUCAAGGUUAUUCUCAGCUCUGUAGCAAGGUCAAGACUAACCUGGGAUACAUAAAAUGCUGUCUCAAAAAAAAAAAAAAAUCUGUUUUGAACAAGCUUUUGGUCCUUUAUACAUUUUUAGUGAAGGGACUGGAAUUUAUUUCCCGGCUUCCUUAGGUUUUCUGUUAAUACAUAAGAAUUUUUAUUACACUUAUUUAUGUGUGUGUGUGUGUGUGUGUGUGUGUGUGUGUGUGUGUUGUGGAGAGCUUGCUAUGGUGUCUAUGUGGAGGUCGGAGAACAACCUGCAGGAGGCUCCUUCCAUCAUGUGUGUCCUAGGGAUUGAACUCAGGUUGCCAGGCUUGGUGGCAAGCACCUUCAUCCUCUGAGCCAUCUUGCCAGCCCUAAAAGUUCCAGUCUAAGUCUGAAACUAUUACUUGAACCUAGAAAGCCACAUCUCAUGCUUGUUGAGCUCUUUAGGUCAUGUCUCUUUCCCAGAGAUGAGAGGACCAAUUCAGGACACGGGAGGAGCCCUAGAGAAUGGAGACAGCCCUGCUCAGGUCCUUCCUUUUGCUCAUUACAGCUGUUGGAGAAUAAAGGUCGUGUGAACACCAUGCUUCCAAAGUCAGAUGUCCUCUUGAGACAGAGCCUGUUUACUCUAAUCAUUCUGGCAGGUGGAUUACAUGAGCUUUGCUGUUUUCCUGGUCUUCCAAAUGCUGUCAUUGCUAGCUGCUAUGGUACUGGUGAGGAUGAGAUCCUGGUCUAGAUUAUUUCAGAUGGGGUGAGACACAUGCAGGUUACUGAUGUGUGACUAGGCAGUUGCAAUGAAAUUACUCCUCAGGCUGAUUGAUGGUAGCUAUCUUUUCUCUAGCCAUUCAUUAAAUAAACAUUUGUAAGUACCAUGUA